GGUUGGUAUCAUGAUUAAAGAAAAAAACACGCCUCUUAAUUAUCUCUCUCUCUCUGCCAUGGCUCCAUAGCCCUUCGCAAUUACGUUUUUCAUGCCCUUCAAUAAUCACUGUCCACUUAUUAGUCCAAAGGCGGAGCACCGAAACACGGGAAAAAAUGUCUUCUCUAAACCUGGAAACCACCUCCGAAACCCCACCCAAAGCACCAGACACCCUUCAAGAGCUUCCUAUCACCACCACCGCCAAGAAAUUCCCAAAAAAACUCACCCUGGUCCCUCUAAUAUUCUUAAUCUACUUUGAAGUUGCUGGGGGUCCUUAUGGAGAAGAACCUGCGGUCCAGGCUGCGGGGCCUCUGUAUGCCUUACUUGGUUUCUUGAUAUUUCCAUUUAUAUGGAGUAUUCCUGAGGCUCUUAUCACCGCUGAGCUCUCCACUGCUUACCCUGGAAAUGGAGGUUUUGUCAUAUGGGCUGAAAGGGCUUUUGGUCCUUUCUGUGGAUCUCUGAUGGGUUCUUGGAAAUUCUUGAGUGGUGUUAUUAAUAUUGCUGCUUUUCCUGUUCUUUGCAUUGAUUACAUGGAGAAGGUAGUUCCUGCUUUGGAAUCAGGUUGGCCUAGAAAAGUUGCUGUCUUGAUUUCAACAUUGCUGUUAUCCUUUUUAAACUAUACUGGAUUGACUAUUGUUGGUUAUGCUGCUGUUCUGCUUGGUCUUGUUUCGCUUUCGCCUUUUAUAGUUAUGUCUUUGAUAGCAAUCCCUAAGAUUCAUCCUCAUAGGUGGAUAAGUUUUGGCCAAAAGGGUGUGAAAAAGGACUGGACUUUGUUCUUUAACACACUUUUUUGGAACUUGAAUUUCUGGGACAAUGUUAGUACUUUGGCUGGUGAAGUGGAUGCACCCCGGAAAACAUUUCCUAUGGCCUUACUUGUGGCUGUGAUCUUCACUUGUGUGUCUUACUUGAUUCCACUUUUCGCGGUGACUGGUGCUGUUUCCGUGGAUCAAAGUCUAUGGGAAUCAGGAUUUCAUGCCACUGCUGCAGAGAUGAUUGCAGGGAAGUGGCUAAAGUAUUGGAUUGAAGUUGGUGCUGUGUUAUCUGCUAUUGGUUUAUAUGAGGCGCAAUUAAGUAGUAGUGCAUACCAGCUUCUUGGUAUGGCUGAUUUAGGAUUUGUUCCAAACUUCUUUGCCAUUAGGUCUAAAAGGUUCAACACGCCUUGGGUGGGGAUAUUGCUAUCCACUUUGAUCACAAUUGGUGUCUCAUAUAUGACCUUUACAGAUAUAAUUUCGUCAGCGAAUUUCUUAUAUAGUUUAGGUAUGUUGUUAGAGUUUGCAUCUUUUAUUUGGCUGAGAAAGAAAUUGCCAGGGUUGAAAAGGCCUUACAGGAUUCCAAUGAGGCUUCCAGGUUUGAUUGUUAUGUGCUUAGUACCAUCUGCAUUUUUGGUUCUUAUAAUGGCUAUUGCUACUAAGACUGUUUACUUGGUGAGUGGUUUGAUGACUGUGGGUGCCAUUGGAUUUUACUUCUUUAUGAAUUUUUGCAAGACAAAGCAGUGGUUCAAGUUUAGCAGCGGUGAAGUCAUUGAAGAUUGAUGUAUAAGAGAAGGUUGCUAUCUUGUUGAAAUGGUCAUGAAUGAAUUUGGCCUAGUGUUUAAGAAAAAGACACAUAGACAGUCACAUGGAAUCUUUGGACUCCAGAUUCUCAACAACAUGGCACUUGGCAUUGGAGGAUCUGCAUAGGAUCUAAAGAUCCUAUUUCUACUAGGGUUGUAUAGUUGUAAAGUUAUGAGAUCAAGAAAUUAGGUUAAUGAAAACAGCUUCUGUACUGUUAUUCUC